AUGGCGCCCAGGCCGUCGUCAGGGGAACUGUGGGGGCUUCACCUGAUGCCCCCCCGCAUCAAAGUGGACUGCUGUUUACCCAAUGGGAUGUUGGUGAGCCUCGAGUGCCUGAGGGAAACUCCUCUGAUCGACAUCAAGCAGCAGCUGUUCACCGAGGCCCGAAAGUUUCCCCUCUACCAUCUCCUACAGGUCAGAGACAGUCACUACAGCCCCCUACAGGUCAGAGACAGUCACUACAGCCCCCUACAGGUCAGAGACAGUCACUACAGCCCCCUACAGGUCAGAGAUAGUCACUACAGCCUCCUACAGGUCAGAGAUAGUCACUACAGCCCCCUACAGGUCAGAGAGCGUGACUACAACCCCCUACAGGUCGGCGAUAGUCACUACAGACCCCUACAGGUCAGUGAUAGUCACUACAGCCCCCGACAGGUCAGAGACAGUCACUACAGCCCCCUAAAGGUCAGCGAUAGUCACUACAGCCUCCUACAGGUCAGUGAUAGUCACUACAGCCCCCUACAGGUCAGAGACAGUCACUACAGCCCCCUAAAGGUCAGCGAUAGUCACUACAGCCUCCUACAGGCCAGAGAUAGUCACUACAGCCCCCUACAGGUCAGAGAUAGUCACUACAGUCUCCUACAGGUCAGUGAUAGUCACUACAGCCUCCUACAGGUCAGAGACAGUCACUACAGCCUCCUACAGGUCAGAGAUAGUCACUACAGCCCCCUACAGGUCAGAGAUAGUCACUACAGCCUCCUACAGGUCAGAGAUAGUCACUACAGCCUCCUACAGGUCAGAGAUUGUCACUACAGCCCCCUACAGGUCAGAGACAGUCACUACAGCCUCCUACAGGUCAGAGAUAGUCACUACAGCCCCCUACAGGUCAGCGAUAGUCACUACAGCCCCCUACAGGUCAGCGAUAGUCACAACAGCCCCCUACAGGAGGAGUCGAGUUACAUCUUUGUGGGCGUAACGCAAGAAGCAGAGAGGGAGGAGUUUUACGAUGAAACGCGGCGUCUGUGUGACCUACGGCUUUUCCACCCGAUUCUCAAGGUCAUCGAACCGAUCGGUAACCGGGAAGAGAAGAUCCUGAACCGUGAGAUCGGGUUUGCCAUUGGCAUGCCUGUGUGUGAGUUUGAAAUGCUGAAGGAUGCAGAGGUGCAGGAGUUUCGGCGCUCCAUACUGAGCGUGUGCAGAGAGGCGGUGGAGGAGCGGGAGAUAGGGGGCGCUCACUCCCAGGCACUCUACGUCUACCCUCCCAAUGUGGAGACCAGUGCAGAGCUGCCCCUUCACCUGUAUCAGCGGCUGGACCAAGGUCGACUGAUCGUCACCAUCUGGGUCAUUGUGUCUCCGUCCAACUCAAAACAGAAGUACACGCUCAAGGUGAACCACGACAGCCUCCCUGAGCAGCUCAUCGCAGAGUCAAUCCGGAAAAAGAGUCGAUCCAUGCAUCUGUCGCCGCAGCAACUGAGGCUGUGUGUACAAGAGUAUCAAGGGCAGUAUAUACUGAAGGUGUGCGGCUGUGACGAGUACCUGCUGGAGCAGUACCCUCUGAGCCAGUACAAGUACAUCCGCUCGUGUCUGUCGGUGGGACGGCUGCCACACCUCAUGUUGGUGUCAAAGGACUCGCUAUACUCCCAGCUGCCAGGGUCCAGCUUUGUCACCCCGUCCUACAGCCGUAGGACCCCCCAGCCGUCCCCCUGUCCCUCUGGUUCUGGUCCAGACUCGAUCCGGUCUCUCUGGGCGUUUAACACUCUGCUGCGCAUCAGGCUGCUGUGCGCUACGUAUGUGAACGUCAACAUCAGGGACAUAGAUAAGAUUUACGUCAGGACAGGUAUUUACCACGGAGGAGAACCUCUGUGCGACAACGUCAACACCCAGAGAGUGCCCUGUGCAAAUCCAAGGUGGAACGAGUGGUUGACCUAUGACCUGUCCCUGUGUGACCUCCCUCGCUCGGCCCGACUCUGUCUCUCCAUCUGCUCCGUGAAGGGAAGGAAAGGAGCCAAGGAGGAACACUGCCCACUGGCCUGGGGAAACGUGAAUCUCUUUGACUUCAAAGACGUCCUAGUUUGUGGGAAACUUGCCCUGAGUCUGUGGCCGGUUCCACAUGGUCUGGAGGACCUGCUGAACCCCAUUGGAACCGCGACCAGCAACCCCAACAAGGAGUCCCCGUGUCUGGAGUUGGAGUUUUCAUGGUUUAAUCAAACCGUAGUUUUUCCAGAUGACUCUCAGAUGGAAGACCACGCCCACUGGAGCAUUAGCCGCGAGCUUGGGUACUCCCCCGGCCUGAGAGGUGUGGCCUGCGAGGGCCUUUCUGAGGCAGAGGUUGAGCAGCUGAAGGUUCUGGGCUCCAGAGAUCCGCUGUACGAGCUGUCGGAGCAGGACAAAGACUUCCUGUGGAGGCACAGACAUUUCUGUGUGAACUUUCCGGAGUCGUUGCCAAAGCUUCUCUUGUCAGUCAAGUGGAACUCCAGAGAUGAAGUGUCACAGAUGUACUGCCUGCUGAAGGAGUGGCCCCUGAUUGAACCUGAGUCAGCCCUUGAGCUCCUGGACUGGAACUUUCCAGAUCCUGUGGUUCGAGAGUUUGCUCUGAGGUGUUUGGUCCAAGGACUCAGCGAUGACAAGCUGUCUCAAUACCUGCUGCAACUAGUUCAGGUGCUGAAGUACGAGAUGUACCUGGACAAUCCUCUGGCUCGUUUCCUGAUUAAAAAAGCUCUUACCAAUCAGAGGAUCGGACACUUCUUUUUCUGGCACCUGAAGUCAGAGAUGCACAACAAGACUGUGUCACGUCGUUUUGGGCUCCUCCUGGAGGCCUUCUGCCGCGCCUGCGGGAUGUACCUCAAGCACUUGAACCGGCAGGUGGAGGCGAUGGACAAACUGGUGAACCUCACGGACACUCUGAAGCAGGAGAAGAAAGACGAGACCCAGAAGGUGCAGAUGAAGUUCCUGGUUGAACACAUGUCCCGUCCUGAUUACAUGGAGGCUCUGCAGGGGUUCGUGUCCCCGCUAAAUCCAGUGCAUCAGCUGGGGUCGCUGAGGUUGGACGAGUGCCGGAUCCUGUCAUCGGCAAAGCGCCCCCUGUGGUUGAACUGGGAAAAUCCCGACAUUAUGUCAGAGCUGCUGUUCACCAACAACGAGAUCAUCUUCAAGAACGGGGACGACCUGAGGCAGGACAUGCUGACUCUGCAGAUCAUUAAAAUCAUGGAGAACAUCUGGCAGAACCAGGGUCUGGACCUAAGGAUGCUUCCGUACGGCUGCCUUUCCAUCGGAGACUGCGUGGGACUGAUUGAAGCGGUGAAGAACAGCUACACCAUCAUGCAGAUCCAGUGUAAAGGAGGCCUGAAGGGGGCGCUGCAGUUCAAUUCCAACACUCUGCAUCACUGGAUUAAAGAGAAGAACCGAGGGGAGGCAUAUGACCGGGCCAUAGACCUCUUCACUCGUUCUUGUGCCGGUUACUGCGUUGCGACCUUCAUCCUCGGCAUCGGAGACCGACACAACUCCAACAUUAUGGUGAAGGAGAACGGCCAGCUCUUCCACAUAGACUUUGGACACUUCUUGGAUCAUAAGAAGAAGAAGUUUGGCUACAAACGAGAACGAGUUCCUUUCGUCCUGACACAGGAUUUCCUCAUUGUCAUCAGUAAAGGAGCACAGGAGUCCACCAAGACCAAGGAGUUCCAAAGGUUCCAGGAGAUGUGCUAUGGGGCGUACCUGGCCAUCAGAAGCCACGCCUCUCUCUUCAUAAACCUUUUCUCCCUGAUGCUUGGGAGCGGGAUGCCUGAGCUGCAGAGCUUCGACGACAUUGCAUAUCUGCGGAAGACUUUGGCCCUGGAGAAGAGCCAGCAGGAGGCGCUGGAGUACUUCAGCAAACAGAUGAACGACGCUCACCAUGGCGGCUGGAGCACAAAAAUGGACUGGAUCUUUCACACCAUCAGACACAUGCCCAACGAGCACUGA